AUGAAAAAAUACAUUCUAUUGUACUUGCUCAUAGAUGUAUAUAUAUAUUAUUCUAUAUUCUCAGACAAACAAUUUAAUGCUGAGAAUUUGUUCGAAACUCUGCAAACUGGGUCUCUACUUUGUCAGUUGGCUGCCUUUAUUCAUAAAUUUGCUGCCGAGCGAAAUGUUCGCCCCAAAUCUGCAAAACAUCGGAGUGGAGAAGGCCCAAUAUCCGCCCAAUUGGCGUUACGGGGUCACAGUUUACCGAUUCCCGAACCCCCACUUUUUCGAGCCAGCGCACAACCAGGUUCGUUCUUAGCAAGGGACAAUGCUUCAAACUUUAUCGAUUGGUGCAAACGUCUCGGUGUCGAUGAUUCAUGUUUGUUCAAAUCCGAGGGUUUAGUUCUCCAAAAACAGCCAAGGAACGUCGUUCUGUGUUUGCUUGAUGUUGCACGUAAAGCUGCAAGACACGGGAUUCCUCCUCCUGAACUUAUCAAGUUGGAAGAUGAGAUUGAUAGACAGGAAGUGAUGCGUGAUGAACAGGAAGUGAUGUCAUCAAUAUCAAUCAACUUAAACAAGAGAGCUAAGGUACUAAAACUCGAUGAUGCGGUACAUGCAGUCGUGGAUGGGCAACCGUUUAAUGGACAGGUGAACAUCAAGAGAAUCGGGGAGGGAAGAUAUAAAAUUGAUGGAAAAAUUGUCUUUAUUAGGAUGUUGCACGGAAAGCAUGUGAUGGUUCGGGUUGGAGGAGGUUGGGACACACUUGAGCAUUACAUUGUAUCACAUGACCAAAGUCGACAUUUUGGGGGUGACGUCAACUCGAAUCCGCGACCUAAAUCUGCCAAACCACGCAGAGGAGUUUCCCCAGGACUAAAAAUAAAUAGUGGCCUUCUCAAUCCAGUACCCUCAAAAUUUGGACGAAAAUAAACAUGUUUAACCUAGGUCUCAGUCUCAUCACCCAGCUUAAUCAAAGAAGCAUUGUUAUUUUACAAUGUAUGUUGUCAUUUUAUUCUGUCACUUCCUUUCUUUUUUAUAUUUCUUUUCAAUGUUUUUGCAGCUAUCUUCAUAUUAGUUUGCACUGUGUUUUAUUUUGGGCCAAACUAGUUCAUAUUUGUCAGCAUGGUGCUUUGAUUUUAACCUACUUUAUAAUAAUGUUGUAAUAUAUGGGUUUGCAACACAGUAUUCUGUACUCUUUUGGAUACAUCACUAUUUCAAAAUGGCAAACUAGCAUUCAAAUUGAGUCAACGGACUCUGAUCACCCUAUCACUGUUCAAGCGAAAACUGUGUCCGUUCAUUAGAGUUGGGCUUUCUUGUUAUUUAAAAAAUCGGUAUGCGUUAAUAUAAAUUAUAUCACGCAAGGAUUUUACUAGUUUUUUUUAAUAACAAAUGGUGGUCCAUAUAAAACAUUUAAAAAGUGUUCCGCCUUGCAUUUUGCCAACACUUUACGUAAUAUUGCAAUGAUA